AUGUCUGCCCUCACCUACCUUCUGUGUCUAGCUGUCGCAGCCAAGUCUAUGAGGGUGGAGUGGCUGGAUAAAAUGAUGCUGGUUAAUUUGCUGUACGAGGUCUACAGGAACGACUCCUUCACGGCGUUUCAGAAGUAUCCCCUGGAGAUAUUCAGUCCCCUCUCUGGACCGUAUUAUCGACGAUUGGACCAGCUCACCGACGCCGCGGCACUCCACAUGGCGGCAAACGGUUUUCCCUCUGGCCAGCCAGUCAAAUCCACUUUCCCGAUCUACCCGCCAUUGAGGAAAGGCCAAUCCUUCAUUUACAAUGUGAGUUUUUGA